AUGGAUUCUGGCUUCCCAAACUUCCUGAUCAAGGACCAGAUGCUUCUUGAUGGUGACAAAAUCAUUAAGCCGGCUAAGAACGACGAAUUGGCCAAAAUCCGCAAAAUAUCCACCCCAGGUCUCUCUAGGCCGCUCGAAGAUGUUCUCAAAGAUGCGAAGGAAAUCUUCUCACUUGGCUUUAGAGUCGGCAACCCACGAUUCUUCUCCUUCGUUCCAUCUCCGGCUUCACCCUGGUCCUGGGUCGGAGAUAGUUUAACCUCCGCAUACAAUCCGUUUGGUGGAUGUUUCGAAGCUGCAUCGGGUGUUUGCCAGGUGGAAGAAACUCUAAUCGCCUGGGCGGCAGAGAAGUUUGGACUGCCCCCAACAGCAGGAGGCCAAUUUGUAUCGGGAGGCUCAAUAGCGAAUCUGACUGCCUUAACAGUCGCUCGAGAUCAGAUCUUAGAGGAUGGCGAGGCGCGACUCAAGGGCGUUGCCUACAUUUCGAGCCAGACUCACUUUUGCAUCAAGAAAGCGCUCAAAAUCAUGGGACUUUUAGAUCACCAAGUCAGGACCAUUGAAGUCGACGACGGCUUUCGCAUGAGUCUCCCGCAUCUCGAACAAGCCAUUCAAAGUGACCUUAAACUUGGUCUCAAACCAUUCGUCGUUAUUGCAACCUGUGGAACCACCAACACCGGGAGUAUCGAUCCCAUGAGCGAGAUUUCGGCAAUCACCAAGACAUAUGGCAUGUGGAUGCAUGUCGAUGCUGCCUACGGUGGUUCUGUGGCUUUUUCGUAUUCCCGGCGAGAUGUGCUCUCAGGAAUUGGUCAGGCAGACAGUAUUGCAUGGGAUGCUCAUAAAUGGCUUUUUCAGACACACGGCUGCGGUGCCACCAUUUUUCGUGAAAAAUCGAAAGCACUCAAGAGCUUCGCCACAACGGCCACCUACGUGGAAGGUGUCGACGAGUGCGCGGACCAAAACCCGUGGAACUACGGGAUUGAGCUGACUCGACCGGCUCGGCAUAUGCGACUAUGGUUUUCAUUACAAGUGAUGGGCAUGGACCUGAUUGACCGCAUGAUAUCGCAUGGCUUCGAAAUCUCUGAAUACGUGGAAGAGGAGCUAAGAAAACGCAGUGGCUGGGAGAUCCUAUCCCCAAGCUCCUUGGCCAUCAUCAAUUUCCGUUUUGCACCUGAAGAGUUGAAAAAGCCAGCCCUGGACGCUAUCAACAGUGAAAUCUCUUCACAACUAAUGGCUCGUAACGUGGCCGUUAUUUUUACAACAAAGCUCAAUGGGAUGGUUUCUCUGCGCAUGUGCACCAUCAACCCCGAAACGACUCGAGAUGAUAUUGCGGAUGUCGUCAAGGCACUUGACGAUACUGCCAGGGAGAUCCUCACUCAAAUUCGAUUGAACGAACUUUGA